CCAGGUCCUGAUGAAAGGAAGUCGGAGCUGCUGCCCGCCGGCUGGGAGGCCAACAAGGAGGUGUAUACACUGCGCUACAAGUCCACGGACGAUGCCCACGAGCUGCUGCUGAAAGCCAUCAUGGUGGAAGACAGUAUGAUCCUCAACGUCAUGGAUCGCAGUUCUCAGAAGGUGGCAGAUGUGACCUUGGCAGUGGCCGACUACGUCAACCCGGAGCACCUGGACGAUUUCCACAAGGUGUACAAGAACACCGAGGAGCUGAGGACAAGGAUCGCUUCGGGCAUCAUUGCUCCCCUCAAGACCCCUGCAGAAAAGGCCAAAAAGGAGCCUGAGGUUGAGAAGAAGGAUCCUGGCUUGCCCCGGGAUUACGACCCCCUCAGGGUCCCUCCCCGGCAGCCGGCAGGCAUGAGAGCACCAUCCUGGCCUUCCCCCUUGAACCCCUUUGCUGUUGGUGGGGAAGACCUGGACCCUUUUGGAGGUCGGAGUGGGGGAAUGAUCGUGGAUCCUCUCCGGUCUGGCUGCCCGCAGCCCAGCAUUGACCCAUCGUCGGGCAUUCCAGGCCGGCUUCCCCCAGGAGCAGUUCCACCGGGCGCCAGAUUUGACCCCUUUGGCCCAUUGGGAGCUGGUAGAUCUGGGCCAGAUCCCGACCACCUUCCCCCUCCAGGCUAUGAUGACAUGUUCAUGUGA